GCCGGAAUGAGUCGCGUUAAGACUAUUAAUAGUGUUGUGAUCUACUGCCAAGUUCACUACAAACGCAGUCUUUACGAGGGAUUUCAUGACAUUAACCAUAUACAAAUCUGGAGAUCCGGUUACAACGAGUAAAGACUAUGCACGAACCUUCAUCGAGUUCUGAUCAGGACGAAAAGAAGGAAGUACGUGACUGGGCUAAGCACAAACAGAUAACCUGGAUUCUGUCCGGUCCAAAUCAAACUCGUUGUCGAACACCAGACGAUUACUUGUCUGCCUGAGGCUAUGCAUCAUCAAUUGCAUUAUUUGAUUUCAAAAUCGAACUUGAUCGAAUGAUCUUGAAUGACAAAGUGUCGAAAGCCUGGACUUUUCUUACAGUGCCUUCCUGUGCGAAGGAGCUGGGGGGAGGAAGCCCAAUGCAGAGAAUUAGCUGAUUGCAGUCAGGGCUCGAAGUCCAUCCGAAGUGGUCAUGGCGGCGUAGAGAGAGUGCGUCUUGAUCUGCGCCUAUACAGCCUGUCUUUGAGUUGCAAUUGCACGGCGGCUCAGUUUCCGAGAUUUGCUACCGAUACCACGCAAUUGCGACUUGCCCAGCUCCGCGAUUUUGAGUGUACAUACUCGUGCUACCAACUUAUACGCCGCGUUCAUUGGUCUCCGAUGCUUAAGGAGAUGUACAGCUAUUACAUCCACAAACCUGUUUGUCAGCUGAGUCUCAAGGACCCUUUAUGUGACCUCUCGUAUCUUCUACGUUUGAUUUAUCCUCUCCAUGAUAAGGAUCCGAACACAAAGCAACAAUUGUGAUAUGCACACAAAGCCUGCCAGGUUCAUCUAGCCGCUAUACACAACGAAUCGCACCUUUCAGACAAUUGCC